UGUGUUACAUUUUUUCCGCUGCAGCUUUUUUGAGAUGGCCAGGACUUUCCCGUUCUACCCGAUACGUGUUUAAAAAGAACAAUAAGAGGAUAAUGUCUUGUGUCGUCCCCGGUAUCUUAAACCCUGAUUGAUACCUGGAUCGUCUAAUGCAAGCUUAACCCUUCAAUUUGAGUAUUGGCAGAUUCGUCCGAAGAAAUGGAGAUGCCAAUUCCCAUAACCGCAAGUAUCCACAUUGCUGCGCCCCUAUCCUGUAGAACUCCCCUGAUCAAUUCCCGUUCGCUCAACUACCAUAACUGUUGGGCGAGGCUUAGGCACAAUCAUACGUAUGUUCGAGUUGACCCGAGUUCAGAUGUUUGCCGUAAGAGCGCUGAUCACGGCUUGAGCGUUGCGGCUUCCGUUAACAAUGAUUGCCAGGACUCUUCGUUGAACGGAGAAGAAAUGGGGAAUAUGCUUCAUCGGAGUAUUUGGGAAGAGACGGAUUUCGUUGAGGUGUUUGGAAUAGGGAGUCGAAAAGACACCAUUAUUGACUUCUGCCUGUCAUCUUCUUCAUGUUCACAGGCUUUGAGAUUUUGGAACAUUCUUGUUGAAGAUUCUGGGAAAGUGUUAUUGCACCAGAGGUGUCUGACUGAAGAUAUUAUAGCAGAAGUUGUGGAAGUGCCAUCAUCAUUGAGUUUGUGCUCUAAAGCAAUUAUACUUGUGGCUAAUGCAGCUUAUGGUGGAGAUAACGUCUUAUCACUUGAUAUUCUUAGGAGAGUAAGAUCUGCUGAUGGACUAGUCAUUGGAAUAAUCCUGAAACCUUUCUGCUUUGAAGGACGAAGGCGGCAGGAUGAGAUGAAUGAAUUGGUUGAUGAGCUACAAAAGCAAGCUAAUUUUUGUAUAGUUAUUGAUACUGAUGCACUUCUAGCAAAAGAACUUCUUACUCUGGAUGAGGCUUUGAAAACAUCAAACAAGGCAGUUUUGAUGGCUGUAAAUGCUAUAUCUGCUCUUGUAUCUGAUAGUUUCACACGGUAUCAAAAUUUACCAAAUAAUUGCUCUGAACUACUCAAAGUGCCACAUCUAUCAAAUAUUCUUGAGGGCUAUAGAGAAGCAAAAAUUGGAUAUGGUGUUGGCUACGACAUCAAAACCUCUAUUUUGCGAGCUGCAUACGAGUGCCCCUUCCUUGGAGUGUCUUUACAGGAAUCAGAUGGUGUAAUUUUAUGUGUUAUUGCAAGUUCCAGUGCACUUGAUUCUCAUGAUGUGAACAUCAUCUGCCAAACUUUUCGGCAAACAACUGGAUGGAAGAGGGAACUUGUAAUAUCAGUUAUUCAUGAAGUCAACAUGGAUGCAAAUUUGAUACUGACUACUCUAAUUGUGUGUGGGUGCAUUGUGCAACAACCAUCAUACAGGAAUAGCUUACUUUUUAGAUUGGCCCAACAUUUCCCCUUCAUUUCUAAUUUCUUCAAGAAGCCUGAUCCUCAUUCUGCUGAAAUGCCUUAUAUGGAUUCCAUGGAUGGUAUGAGGCCCGUUCAAUGUAAGGCUGAGGAUGUACCAUUUUCUGGUAAGGAACUACAAGAGCUAUCUCACAUCACGGGUGAAGAAAAAUUUCUCUCAAUGGGUUGUGAAAGUGGUCCUGUGCAAAGCAAAAUUGCAUUCUCUGCAACUGACUUUUCUGUCAUUGAUGAUGUAAUCAAUACUGAAGGAGGUGUUCCAACUUUCAGAAGAGAGCUACUUACAAGGCAAAACCUACAUCCUGGAUUUGAAAUCCGACAAGGCGGGGUGAAAGAAGGCACUGAUGACCUGGAAACCUAUGAAUCUGAUGUUAGCAGAACAUUCAGACUCCCAGUGGGUGUAAAACAAUUAGAGCAAUCAAAAAAUGGUUCAACUGCCUCAAACUCCUUAAACUGGACAGAAUGGAUGACUGAUGAAAUUAAAAGGGCACAAACUCCGGAUGAUAAGGGCCGCAUCCCUUGGUAUAGAAUGAACCCUGACAGUGAGUCUAUGUUGGUAGUGGACAACCAUGCUACAAUAGUAACACAAGGAGAUCAGAACAAUUUUUCGAAGAACAAGGGAGUUCUCUCAGUUCGUGCAGCCUCAAUGCUGGAAUCUGAACGAGAUACACAGAAGAAGUGGAUUCCUGUAGUUGAACUGAAGUACAGGGGAGGCAUAUACAGAGGACGCAUCCAAGGAGGACUUCCUGAAGGAAAGGGACGUCUGUCUCUUAUAGAUGGAAGCGUAUAUGAUGGCAUGUGGCGCUAUGGAAGGAGGUCAGGGCUUGGCACAAUGUACUUUAGUAAUGGUGACAUCUACCGCGGUUCAUGGAGGGAUGAUUUGAUUCACGGGAAGGGAUGGGUUUACUUUCACACCGGAGAUCGCUGGUUUGUUGACUUCUGGAAGGGAAAAGCAAAUGGAGAAGGGCGUUUUUAUUGCAAGAAUGGUGAUGUAUCAUUUGGCCACUUCAAAGAUGGAUGGCGGCAUGGUCAGUUUCUUAAUUUAAUCAUUGAUGGAACAAGGUGUCUUGAGAUAUGGGAUGAAGGCGUCCUUACAAGCAGGGAGGUUUUGGAUUCUGAUGAUAUGGCUGCUGGAUAGAAUUUGCUUAUGACCAUUAUGGCAUUAUAUAUUUGUGAAUAUGAAUAUUGAGAUUCCAAUAGCUAGAUAGUGAAUUCAUAUAAUUAGCACCGAAAGGCCAAGAGUCAAGGAGGAAGGUGGAUUUGGUGGAAUGGUGUAAUAGUAAUAUAGGAUACUUUUGGCAGGCAAAAGUCCAUGCCUUCUAGCUUUUGUAUUAUUUAAAAAAUCUCUAAAAACUCCUAAUGUAUGUUUGUUAUGACAAUUUUAA